AGAGAGAGCAGGGGAAGGAGAACAAGCCAGAAGGAAGACCGUGAGAGAAGGUUGAGAGCACAUUGCAAGAUCUUUUAAGGCUGAACUUAAAAGAACACAGAUCUGAACUCUGCGCCCUAGGUUGUUCGUCAGAGUGCAUUCGCUGCAUGUUUUACUGAAUGGAGUUGAAUCCACAAGGAGAGUGCUGAGGAGACUGAACUUCUGACCAGCUUCAAACAGACUGAAGCUUCUAUCAGCAGAGGAUUCAACCCUCAUAGACUAAAGAUGCUACGGGGGCUGUUCAACCAGCGAAGGCUGAAACACGAGCGACUGGAAGAGGAAGUGGAGGUGCGAUUCAAAGGGAAGCUGGUCUCUGAGAAAGAGCUGGGCUACACGCAUGUGCAGCCGGGAGGCUCCAACUACUCCAGUCCAUCGUUGGCUCCGGUUGCCAGUCUGAAUGAGGAUGAGCAUGUGGGGGGUGGGGUGCUGGGUCUUGCAGCUGAACACAUUCCCACCCCUGGUGCCCCCCUCAGCUGGCAGGCAGCCAUCGACGCAGCACGACAGGCCAAGUUGAUGGGCACCACUGGAGCCCCAAUUUCCACUGCGAACUCCACACAGCGCAAACGUCAGCAGUACACCAAACCCAAGAAACAGGCCAGCACUGCCUCCACGCGCCCACCCCGAGCCCUUCUCUGCCUCACUCUUAAAAACCCCAUUCGCAGGGCGUGCAUCAGUAUCGUGGAAUGGAAACCGUUUGAAAUAAUCAUUUUGAUGACAAUUUUUGCAAACUGUGUGGCCUUAGCUGUCUACAUCCCUUUCCCUGAGGACGAUUCCAACGCAACCAACUCCAACCUGGAACGGGUGGAGUAUCUCUUUCUGAUCAUUUUUACAGUGGAAGCGUUUCUGAAAGUAAUUGCGUACGGGCUGCUGUUUCACCCGAAUGCAUACCUGCGGAAUGGCUGGAACCUGUUAGAUUUCAUCAUCGUGGUAGUAGGGCUCUUCAGUGCAAUAUUAGAACAGGCCACUAAAGGGGAUGGUGGGACUUCAAUGGGUGGCAAGGCUGCAGGUUUUGAUGUAAAAGCUCUCCGCGCCUUUAGAGUGUUGAGACCUCUGAGACUCGUCUCUGGAGUACCUAGUUUACAGGUGGUGCUGAACUCUAUCAUUAAAGCCAUGGUUCCCCUCCUGCACAUCGCUCUGCUUGUUCUGUUUGUCAUUAUCAUUUAUGCCAUCAUCGGCCUCGAGCUCUUCAUGGGCAAGAUGCACAAAACCUGCUUCUUUAGAGACGGAUCCAAAGGUACUAUAGCUGAGAAGAAGCCAGCCCCCUGCUCCGCACAUGGACGACAAUGCUCGCCUCCCAACAUCACGCUGUGCAGGAUUGGUUGGGAGGGGCCAAAUGAUGGAAUCACAAACUUUGAUAACUUUGCAUUUGCCAUGCUUACUGUGUUUCAAUGCAUUACAAUGGAGGGCUGGACAGAAGUCCUGUACUGGAUGCAGGACGCCAUGGGCUAUGAGCUUCCGUGGGUCUAUUUUGUCAGUCUGGUCAUCUUUGGAUCCUUUUUCGUUUUAAAUCUGGUUCUGGGUGUGUUGAGCGGAGAGUUCUCAAAAGAGCGAGAAAAGGCCAAAGCUCGUGGUGAUUUCCAGAAGCUCCGUGAGAAACAGCAGCUGGAGGAGGAUCUAAAGGGCUACCUUGACUGGAUCACACAGGCGGAGGAUAUCGACCCUGAGAAUGAUGAUGAAGGACUGGACGACGACAAGCCGAGAAAUCUGAGUAUGCCAGCUAGUGAAAAUGAGUCAGUGAACACUGAUAAUGCCCCAGCUGGAGAUAUAGAAGGAGAAACAUGUUGUACUCGCAUGGCAAAUAGGAUCUCCAAAUCCAAAUUCAGUCGUUAUUCUCGGCGGUGGAAUCGGUUAUGUCGCCGAAAGUGCCGUGCAGCAGUGAAGUCGAACGUAUUUUACUGGCUGGUGAUUUUACUGGUAUUUUUGAACACAUUAACCAUUGCCUCUGAGCACCACCAACAGCCGGACUGGCUCACCAAUGUACAAGAUAUUGCCAAUAAGGUGUUGCUGGCUCUCUUCACCGGUGAGAUGCUGCUGAAGAUGUACAGCCUGGGUCUACAGGCCUAUUUCGUCUCCCUUUUCAAUCGCUUUGACAGUUUUGUGGUGUGCGGCGGCAUUCUGGAGACCAUUCUGGUGGAGAUUAAGAUCAUGUCACCCCUCGGUAUUUCUGUUCUGCGCUGUGUCCGUCUGCUUCGCAUUUUUAAGAUCACCAGGUACUGGAAUUCUCUCAGUAAUCUGGUUGCCUCUUUGCUGAACUCAGUGCGUUCGAUCGCUUCCCUGUUGCUGUUGCUCUUCCUCUUCAUCAUCAUCUUCAGUCUGCUGGGAAUGCAGCUCUUUGGCGGCAAGUUCAACUUCGAUGAGACGCGUCGCAGCACCUUUGAUAACUUCCCCCAGUCUCUCCUCACUGUUUUUCAGAUUUUGACUGGAGAAGAUUGGAACUCUGUGAUGUAUGAUGGCAUUAUGGCGUAUGGAGGGCCUUCCUUCCCUGGCAUGCUAGUCUGUAUUUAUUUCAUCAUCCUCUUCAUUUGUGGAAACUACAUCCUCUUGAAUGUCUUCUUGGCCAUUGCCGUGGACAACCUGGCAGAUGCCGAGAGCCUGACAUCAGCACAGAAAGAGGAAGAGGAGGAGAAAGAGAGGAAGAAGCUGGCCAGAAUGGCCAGUCCAGAGAAACGUCAGGAUUCUGAGAAACCUCCAUUGGAGGAUGAAAAGAAAGAGGAGAAGAUUGAGCUAAAAUCCAUCACCUCAGAUGGAGAAACGCCAACUGCCAACAAGAUUAACAUAGAUGAGUACACAGUUGAAGAAAAUGAGGAGAAGAAUCCAUAUCCUGUGAAUGAUUUCCCAGCAGGAGAGGAUGAUGAUGAGGAGCCAGAGAUGCCAGUGGGUCCUCGGCCGCGACCACUUUCAGACAUUCAGCUGAAGGAGAAAGCUGUCCCAAUGCCAGAGGCCAAAGCUUUCUUUAUUUUCAGCCCCUCUAACAAGUUCAGGGCUUUUUGUCAUAAGAUUGUAAACCACAACAUCUUCACCAAUUUAAUCCUUUUCUUUAUACUGCUGAGCAGUAUUUCACUGGCAGCCGAGGACCCAGUGAAGAAUGACUCAUUCAGGAAUCAGAUUCUAGGCUGUGCAGAUUAUGUGUUUACAGGAAUCUUCACCAUAGAGAUCAUUUUAAAGAUGACAGCGUAUGGAGCGUUCCUACAUAAGGGUUCAUUUUGUCGGAAUUAUUUUAAUAUUCUGGAUCUGGUGGUGGUCAGUGUGUCUCUGAUCUCCUCUGGGAUUCAGUCAAGUGCCAUUAAUGUAGUGAAGAUUCUCAGAGUGCUGAGAGUAUUGAGGCCCCUGAGAGCAAUCAACAGAGCCAAGGGCCUCAAACACGUGGUCCAGUGUGUGUUUGUAGCCAUCCGCACCAUCGGGAAUAUCGUCAUCGUCACCUCUUUGCUGCAGUUCAUGUUUGCCUGCAUUGGUGUUCAACUCUUUAAGGGUAAAUUCUUCUCCUGCUCAGACACCUCAAAACAAACGCAGGCAGAUUGCAGGGGGUCCUACAUAGAGUACAAAGAUGGGAAUGUUGGCAAGCCAGAGAAAGCUCAGCGUUUAUGGGAAAACAGUGAUUUCAACUUUGAUGAUGUCCUAAAGGGCAUGAUGGCUCUGUUUGCUGUGUCCACCUUCGAGGGUUGGCCAGGACUCCUCUACAAAGCCAUAGACUCCCAUGCUGAGGAUGUCGGCCCAAUCUACAACUACCGCGUGAUCAUCUCCAUAUUCUUCAUCGUCUACAUCAUCAUCAUUGCCUUCUUCAUGAUGAACAUAUUCGUAGGUUUCGUCAUUGUGACAUUUCAGGAGCAGGGAGAGCAAGAGUACAAAAACUGUGAGCUGGACAAGAACCAGCGUCAGUGUGUGGAAUAUGCCCUAAAGGCCCGCCCACUGCGCAGAUACAUCCCUAAGAACCCAUAUCAGUACAAAGUUUGGUACGUGGUAAACUCCACCUACUUUGAGUACCUGAUGUUCACCCUCAUCCUGCUCAACACCAUCUGCCUGGCCAUGCAGCAUCAUGGUCAAUCUCAAUCCUUCCACAAAGCCAUGAAUAUCCUCAAUAUGCUAUUCACCGGUCUCUUCACUGUGGAAAUGAUCCUCAAACUCAUCGCCUUCAAACCCAGGGGUUACUUUAGUGACCCCUGGAAUGUUUUUGACUUCCUCAUCGUAAUUGGCAGCAUUAUAGACGUCAUUCUGAGUGAGAUCAACCCAGCUGACCCCUCCUCCUCUCCCCCCUCCUCUGUGGUAAGACCAAUGGGCCCCCAAAACACUGAAGAUAACGCCAGGAUUUCAAUCACAUUCUUUCGGCUGUUCCGCGUGAUGAGACUGGUGAAGCUUCUGUCUCGGGGAGAGGGCAUUCGGACAUUGCUCUGGACCUUCAUUAAAUCCUUUCAGGCUCUUCCCUAUGUUGCUUUGCUUAUAGUAAUGCUAUUUUUUAUCUAUGCCGUCAUUGGAAUGCAGAUGUUUGGUAAGAUUGCCCUGAGGGACAACUCUGAGAUCAACCGCAACAACAACUUUCAGACAUUUCCACAAGCUGUUCUGCUGCUCUUCAGGUGUGCCACAGGGGAGGCAUGGCAGGAAAUCAUGCUGGCCUGUAUGCCAAGCCGUCCAUGUGACAAGGGCGCAGAGAUCGGCAAUGCCAGUGACGACUGUGGCAGCCACUUUGCCAUCUUCUACUUUGUUAGCUUUUAUAUGCUUUGUGCCUUCCUGAUCAUUAACCUCUUUGUAGCAGUCAUCAUGGACAACUUUGACUAUUUAACACGUGAUUGGUCGAUUCUGGGUCCACAUCACCUGGAUGAGUUUAAGAGGAUAUGGGCGGAAUACGACCCUGAAGCCAAGGGUCGGAUAAAGCACUUGGACGUGGUGACUUUACUGCGCAGAAUUCAGCCUCCCCUCGGAUUUGGAAAACUUUGCCCACACAGAGUGGCUUGCAAGCGACUUGUUUCGAUGAACAUGCCUCUAAAUAGUGACGGAACAGUGAUGUUCAACGCAACUCUAUUUGCCCUAGUCAGGACAGCCCUGCGUAUCAAGACUGAAGGUAACCUGGAGCAAGCGAAUGAAGAGCUCAGGGCCAUCGUGAAGAAGAUCUGGAAGAGGACAAGCAUGAAGCUGCUGGACCAAGUUGUCCCCCCUGCUGGAGAUGAUGAAGUAACGGUGGGGAAGUUCUAUGCCACAUUCCUGAUUCAGGAAUACUUCAGGAAAUUUAAGAAACGCAAGGAACAGGGCCUGGUGGCCAAAAUUCCUCCAAAGACUGCUCUUUCUUUGCAGGCUGGCCUGCGUACACUGCAUGAUAUGGGCCCAGAGAUCAGACGAGCGAUAUCAGGAGACCUGACUGUGGAGGAGGAGCUGGAGAGAGCCAUUAAGGAAACCGUGUGUACUGCUUCUGAGGAUGAUAUCUUCAGGCGGUCUGGUGGCCUCUUCGGUAACCACGUCAACUACUACCACCAGAGUGAUGGCCAGGCAUCCUUCCCACAGUCCUUCACAACACAAAGACCAUUGCACAUCAACAAGUCUGGGAGCCCCGGGGAGGCCGAAUCUCCCUCUCAUCAGAAGCUUGUCGAAUCUACCUUUAAUCCGAGCAGUUACUCUUCCUCAGGAUCCAACGCAAAUAUCAACAAUGCCAACAACACCAGCAUUGGACAUCGGUACCCUAAACCUACUGUCAGCACAGUAGACGGACACACUGGGCCACCUCUCGCAACCAUCCCACUGCCACUGCCCACAUGGUGCUUUCCUAACAAAAGGAGCUGUUUCUAUGACACAUUCAUGUGCUCUGAUUCCAGUGACAGUCAUCUCCCUAUAAUACGGCCAGAGGAAGCAUCUACAGAUGAGACGUAUGAUGAAACAUUUCUUGAUGAGAGACAUCAGGCCAUGCUCUCAAUGGACUUGUUGGAGUUUCAGGAUGAAGAGAGCAAGCAAUUGGCUCCUAUGGUGGAGAUGGAGGUGGAUGUGGGAGAGGAGAGGAGGCUGUCUCCACGGCGAAGGACAUUUCUCUGUCCCACUGCACUGGGUCGACGAUCUUCCUUUCACUUGGAGUGUCUGAGAAAGCAGAGCAGAGCUGAUGUUUCUCAGAAGACAGCUCUACCACUGCACCUAGUACAUCAUCAGGCUUUGGCCGUGGCAGGUUUGAGUCCCCUGCUAAGACGGAGUCAUUCUCCAACUUUGUUCACGCGUCUGUGUUCCACACCCCCUGCGAGUCCAAGCAGCCGUAGCGGGGGAGGGCCUGGUUACCAGCCAGUUCCGUUUCUCCGUUUAGAGGGCAAUGGAUCAUACGAGAAGCUCAACAGCAGUAUGCCGUCUGUGAACUGCAGUUCGUGGUACAGCGACAGUAACGGCAACCACAGUGGGGGCGUGCAGAGGGCACAGCGACCUGUAUCCCUCACAGUUCCUCCAAUCACACGCAAAGACUCCACAUCCUUGGCGCACGGGAGUGCCUGCAGCCUCGUGGAGGCGGUAUUGAUAUCUGAGGGUUUGGGUCGCUAUGCACAGGAUCCGUCCUUCAUCCAGGUAGCGAAGCAGGAACUUGCAGAUGCCUGCGACAUGACCAUGGAGGAGAUGGAGAAUGCUGCUGAUAACAUUCUCAAUGCCAAUGCCCCACCCAACACCAAUGGAAACCUGCUACCCUUCAUACAGUGCAGAGACACUGGUUCGCAGGAGUCUCAUUGCAGCCAUGCACUGGGUCUCUCUACUGCUUCAGGGCCAGAUGAACUGCUGGGGUCAGAGUUGGACCACUCUGAGGGGGCAGGGCAGCGGAACAGUGCCCUGAUGGAGGACGAGGACAUGGAGUGUGUGACGAGUUUGUAGGGGGAACAACAGCACAGAGGACUUCCUGUGUCUUAGCCCAGCUCUCUCCGAGGACACUGCUGUCCUGCAGUCUGACCAGUCGGUUGCGUGUACCUGCCGUAUAAGGCCAUUCUGCUUCGCUGAGACAGAGUUGGGUUGUAGUUCUUCUGUGUGUUUGCGAGAGCACAAGCUAGUAGGCGUGUGUACAUGUUUGUGUGUGUGUUUCUAAAGUGCCUCACAGUUCUCACAACCUUGAUUAAAGGAUUGCAGUAAGGAAGAAAUGAAAAACCCUAACUGAGCAGGGGAUGAAGGGAAAAGAUGUGCUGUUGCUCACUGAGUGGGAUCCGUUUACCGGUGUGCACCUGUUGGCUUGUUCUCAGUGGUGAACAGAGCGAGUUUGUGCUGACCUGUGUGUGGUGGAAGUCACCUUUAAGACUCAACGGGCCCCCCCUCCUCUCCUGCAGUUCUACGGUGUGGCUGUGUGGUGCUGAGCAGGUGUCGGGAAUUUUCCGUCCGGGGCAGUCACAGGUUGCAGAAAAAUACUGGACAAACUGGAGCGGGAAAGCCCACUCAGAGACAUUAGCAACUCUUUUGUCCUUGCUCUCUCUCCUUUUACGGGGCUGUCCAUCCAUUCUUCAGAAGUGUCAUUUGCAACCACUCUCAAAUCACUUUUCUCCUUUUACAGCUUUCGUUUUUCUUUUGAGUUUUCUGCUUUUUUCAUUCACGGUUUCUACCCGUAAUCCUCUAGUUAAGCCUGCACAUAGCUUUUCUGUUAUCAGUGAAAAGACUGAACUCCCAGAAUUUCUCUCUCUCAUGUACCGGUAUGGCUUUCAGGUAGCUGUUAGCUGUGAAAGAUACAGUUCAUUGCAUCAGUGGCCUUUUAUUCCAAAUCUGCUUCAGAAUUCCAGCAUUUUCCUUUUUUCCAGUUUUGGGUACUUGUGACAUUGUUUUUCUUGGACUGCACACUGAUGGAUGUUGUUUUUUUUUUUUCCUCUAAAUUAUGAAUAUUAUUGAAGGUAUUCAAGAAGUUUAUACCGGAUGCAGUGUUGCUAAUGCCUCUUACAGAUGACAUGUUAUUUAUUUAUUUAUUUCUGUCAGAGGUGAAGCAUGUUUGGAGGGGGUUCAGUCUCUCUGGUGAUGUUUAUUGGUAGCUCACAAGCUUUUAAUGAGCAGUGUAACUUACCUGGAUGCAGGUAGCACUGGCAGGUCUCGUGGUUUCCCUUGCUGCUGUUGGAUUGAACUCAUGUUUGUUCUGAAACUACAGAUGUUUCUUCACUGCUGAUCUACAGAAACAUUCAGUUGACAGGGCGUUAAUGAAACACUGAGAUUCUGUCAUUGACCCCACCUGCUCCACACAGGAAACAGCAGAGCUUCUGAAGGUCAGUAAAGGUGCACUUUGAGGAGAGAGAGGGUGGAGUUUUCAGGGAUGUCUGGGUAGCGUAUCAGUAUAAAAACUCUAAUGUAGUUCACACAGGGCUAAAUAUUACCAUAAUACCAACUCAUUAUGAAAGUACCAACAUCAGCAGUGUCAUUAUACAAUGUUAAUAUUUACAAUUAUUAUUAUUACUGUUAAGACAUUUUUUUUUUUUUUUUUUGGCCUGGGUUUAGCACUGUAUCCAUGCAGUUCAGCACAUACACAGAACUACUUUUUGAUCUAUUAUGCAAAUAAGGUGAUGAAGUGUUAGAAUUGUGUUGGUAAUGUGUAAAUGGUAUGGAAGGGAUCCACUAAACACAUCCACAAAUGUAAAACCUGACCAAUCCGCUUCCAGGAGUCUUUCUGUCUGUGCCACACACUAGACUGGGUUAGAAGUUAUGUCACUGUUUUGCACACUUCUUCAGAAUAUGAUUAUAUGAAUCUUUCUUUCCAUAUAUGAAUAGAUAAUUUACUAUUUUUGUCUAGCUGAAUCUUAACUUGUUUCUAUACCGAGUGUCCUGGAUUUUCCUGGAGUUUCAUUCUAGAUCUUGGACAUUGAAAAUCCUAAAUUACAUACAUUAGAUUUAUUUCACCGGUCCUGUGCAUUUGGUUGUGAAUGAGUUCCUGAAUGUUUACAGGAAGUCUCUGCUCUGAUGAUAAUGCAAACCUUGUGAAAAACAACAUGAAAAAAUGUAGCUAGAACCCACCUGUUCUGUUCCAAAGCCACUACCACACUCUCAUAUCUCCAAAACACACGUGCCAUGUGUCAUUGUGAGGCUGCCCCAGGAAUAUUUUGAGGCCUUGGUUGGUUGUGUGUGUGUGUGUGUGUGUGUGUGUGUGUGUGUGUGUGUGUCUGAGUCCAUGUUUAGUAUAUGCAGAGUGUAGAACCGAGUGCGUAUGUGUGCAAGUAUGCAUGUGUGGUAUGAAGUCUGUGUUUGUAUUUGUGUUUAGUAUAUGCAGAAUGAAUGUGUGCGUGCAUGCGUAUGUGCUUGCAUAACACAAGAUAUGCAAAAACAAUGCAAUAACUUUGACUGUGCCACAGUUUCAUUCAGAAAAACAGCUGUACAAAAAUCUAAGAUACAGAGAGAAUAUAUUUACUGUUAUGUGUUAUGUUACAGAACUUUAAAUUGAAGAAACCUGUCAUACUUGAAAUCGGGUGCAUUUGAGUAUUUUGAAAUAAUCUUGUGCGGGUCAGUUUGGUUUGAUGUUUUUUCCUUAGUUGGUUUAAAUUAUCUCUGCAUGAGGAUUAUUUUGGUGUGCCAAGUUUUAGUAACUUUUUUGUUUGUUUUAAUUUUAAACAUUGAGGAAACAUUGAUGACGAUGGGGAGUCAAAUGAAUCGUGAAUGUGUAAAUACAGAUGGAGGAGAGACACGUCUUGUUGGUGUGAAACUGAUUUUGCAUAUCUUGUGCUCAUCCAGCUGAAAGGUGCAUGAUACGCAAGAGCAGCUCUCUCUCUCUGUUUUUCUGAUACUUUCCCUCUUUCUUUUUUAUCUUUCCAUUCACUUAACCUCCUGUUUUUCAGGAGACAUCACAGUGAAACCCACUCAGGUUAACAGGCUGGUUUUGAUUUUAGACUGUGUGGGUUGUUGGUCACUUACAGUACAUGAAUUAUCACCAUGUUUGAGGCUGCACGUAAAAUAUUAGAAAUCCCUUAAAUUUUAUGUGUAAUUUCUCAUGUCUCAUGGACAAUCUACAUUUUGGGGAGGAUAUUUUAUCUGAUUGGAGAUCAGAGGUUGGAUGUAACUUUGAAUUUUUGUCUCUUGCUGGAGUCUGAAGAAUGGGCCAAGCAGACAGACUCCUCCUCUCCCGUCAUUAGCCAAUGAUUGUAUAUUUUUAUAGACUAUAGAGAAGAAUUAACACAUGAGAAGAUAAAAUAUAAACUCAUCUAUAUCUACUGAAGGUCAGGGUUAAAAUGGCUACACAUAACUGUGUAUGAGAAUGUAUGUAGUGACUUAUAUGUAUAGAUAGAAAUUAAAUUUAUAAUAUAGAGAAAUAUAGAGUAAAUCAUUCGUAUUCACUGCAGUAGCUCCUUUUGAAACUCCAGUUGCACGAUGGCCUAUUAUACAGGACAGAUGGGUGUUUAUUAAGGGAGGAGUGCAAUGAGAUGAAUCGUGUCAUUUAAAACUGCAGGGCUUUUUCAGAGCUGCUUUAUUCAGAUUGACGAAUCACAUUCCCCUCUGAGCACCUGCAUAUGAUACAGUCUGGAUAAGCUACAAGCUUUCAUUACACAAUAACAUCCCCUGCACUGAAUUAAAUGCUGAGUAACAGCAAAUGAAAAGAAGUGGGUCUACCGGAGCAUUGUUUGCUCCGGACUGGGGUAAAAUCUACCAAAUAUUUGACUUAAUAUUUUAUGAGUUGCUCAGUGUGUGGUUGGAUUUUUUUUUUACCCUAAGAUAAUUUUUUCCAAAUCAUUUAAUUGUAGCUUUUCUUCUCUCAGAGAAUCAGAAGUUAUUUUAGAUAUUUUCAUAUAUGAGAGAUAUUUAUCGGAUGGGGAAUGGUGCAUCAGUCCACUGAACUCUUGAUUGGUUGUGGCGAGUAUUUCAGUUCACUAUAUGUAGCAGCAGUAAACACAAUAGUUUCCCUGAGAAUUAAGUCAAAAGUGUGAAAGUAGGUUACUGAAAGAUCUUGCAUUUUUAUCUUUCUUUCAUUUUGGCAACAUGGACAGAUUUAAAGCCUAAUGUGUUUGGAACUGUAUAGCCCUCGGAAAAUAGGAAAACAGCCUUUAAUUUUCCAGUAUUAUUGGAAAUUACCCACAGUAAAUGAGCAGCAAUGGAACAUUAUCAAAAUUCUUCAAAUCCACAACACAUUACAGUAAACACGCAGUACCACUUACAAAGAUAUUUUAAGCAUCUUACUGUAGUUUCUUAAUUUUUAGGGUGAUUGUUUUUAUUUGGAUGAACCCAGUAAUGAAGGAACAUUACAUUUAUAGGAAAGAUUUUUCGAAAUGUUCAGAAUAGUUAGUGGAUUUAUUAAGAAUGUCUGUACUCCAAAUAUUUGGCUGGGCAGUUCUGUGUAUGAUUUUCUGGGUUCAUAUGUGUUUUUAUGGGAAUUCUGCAUGUGUCAGACUGAAGGGACGUGCUGUGGGGUUGACCCUUGACCCAGAGAUAGCCUGGACAGGUGCAAUGUCUGCCCUCUGGUUUAACCUUUGUGUAGCACGUAUCUCUAAUGUCCUCCUUUUACAUGACUGUUCAUUUGAUAUUAUAAUAAGUUAAUGUAGUGCAUUAAUGAGUUUUAAUGAUAAACUAAAAGCUAAGGUGGUGAUGCAAUAAUCACAAUUUGCACAUUUAAACCACAUUUAGUUUGAUACAUCUUAAACUUAAUCCAAGAAAAGGAUGAAUUUAUGCAUAGAUUUUAGAUUGUUGUGUAAAUAUGAAUUUUGCCCUAAGCUCAAAAUGUCGAUCUUGCCAUAGUUUCAUUAAGAUAAAUUAUUCAUUAUUUUUUAUUUAUUCAUAAUGAAAAAUUAAUGCAGAUUUCCUGCAUAUUUUCCUGCAGUAGGUAAGAGGUCUUCAGGUGUGUGUUAGCAUUAAUAUCAGUGUUUUUGUUACACUGAUGACAUUUGGAACCCAAAUUCAUGGGUAGGUUAAUAUUACUGUCUUGUUUACCAGUACAAAUAUCUAAAACCUCUUUAAAACAAGAUACAUUUACUUGACAAGCAAAAUUGUGAGAGAUAAAACAACUUUUUUCAGUGAAUAUACCUUGAUGCAAG